CGGGUAAAACCCGCGAGACUUCACGGGGAGACAGACCUCAGUUUUCAACAUGGCAGGCAAUAAGUUGGUGCUAGAGGGGAAAAUUAGUAUUAUCAGCUUUAUCUGUGGACUCGGUGUCGUUUUUAUUCCUUUAAUUGCAAUAGUAGCAUCUGAUAUAGACUGGGUUUUCGACUAUUUAACAGGAUUUAAUGGAAAAAUUGCUACCCUUGUAUAUAUUACAGUAAUCAACGGCUUCCUGCUACUCAUAUACAAGGGACCGCUGUACAAGGUCGCCGUGCGUGCAUGCUUUCUCGGAUUUACCUUUGGAUGUGGGAUGAUAAUCAGUCUUUCAGACACAACAUGGACACACUUUGGAUGGUACAUGUGUUCACUAGCCUUCUUCCACUAUUCGGAGUAUUUAGUCACUGCGAUCAUCAACCCACGCAGUCUCUCGCUAGACUCCUUCCUUCUGAAUCACAGUGUGGAAUACACUGUGGCGGCUGUGUCUUCGUGGGUGGAAUUCAUAAUAGAGAAGCUACUAUUUCCAGAUAUUAAACAGCUGAGCUGGCUCAGCGUCCUGGGGCUUUUGAUGGUUAUAUGUGGCGAAUUCCUGCGUAAGAUGGCCAUGUUCACAGCGGGCUCCAACUUCAACCACAUCGUUCAGAACGAGAAGUCCCAGAGCCACAUCCUGGUGACCAGUGGAGUGUACGCGUUCUUCAGGCACCCUUCCUAUGUGGGCUGGUUCUACUGGAGUAUUGGCACACAGGUGAUGCUGUGCAACCCUGUGUGCAUCCUUGGCUACACGUUAGCCAGCUGGCGCUUCUUCCGGGAGCGCAUCGAGGAGGAGGAGAUCUCUCUCAUUCACUUCUUCGGAGAGGACUACAUCGAGUACAAGCGCAAGGUGUCCUCCGGCCUGCCGUUCAUCGCAGGCAUAAGGAUGGGCUCCUAAAGUGUGGACUUGGAAGGGCCGGUACGAGAUCCUGGGAUGUGCACAUUGUAGGACACCACUGACAGGCACCGAGAGAGCGCUGGCUGCCCGGUGAUGUUCUGGCUUUUUCUCGGGGUCCCCCCUCCCUCCCUCCUCCUCCGGGGAUGGGACCUGGGUCACAGCGCGAGGCAACCAGCACGAAAGGCGGCUCCCCUUUGGGACACUGGUCUGCUCAGAACACGGUGGAGGCCUAAUUCUCCACCAACGCCAUCUCCACCACCCCCUGACAUAUUCCUCCGAAACACCCACCCACCAUACACAGCACAACACCUGGACUCACACCUUCCAAUACAAAGUGUCUUAGCCCUCAUCAGUGUCAUCAUCGUCCCCAACUACUUUUUCAUCUCUCUCUCUCUCUCUCUUAAUCACCUCCCAUGUAUUUAUCAUAUCCUCCAAACAUCACCUCAAAUGUUUCCUCAUCAUUCACUAUUCACUGUUUAAUUCAUUAUUUUCUUUACCUGUAUGUUUUAACAUUGACUAGGUCAUGUAGCUUCUACAAUGUGUUUUCUGAGGAGAAGAAGAGCUUGGAAGUGAUGUUCACUUGGAAGUGACUAUCAUUGGUGAUAGUUUGGUUGUUUAUUGUUUUUUUUUUUUUUUUUUUUUUUUUUUUUAAAUAAGCAUGAGGCAGGAAUAACUCUGAUCAAGUCUUAGGGCCACUUGUGAAAUAACUAGUUUUACUCAGUGAAGUUACACUUUCUGUUCACAGUGAUGGGCCCCCUAGUUAGUCACUGCACCUCUAAAAAAAAAUGCAUGUUUUCUUUGACAGCUCAGAUUGUGUUCCCUUUGGGGUGAUUUCUCUGGCUGGGCUUAAGAAAUCAGUGUUCCACUCAGGCUAGUUCACAUGGAAGGUUAUGUUCUAAGUCACUGUAGUUUUACUAACGAGUUUAUUUCUCUGACCAUUUGAAAAUGGGAAUGACACAAGUAUUCAAACUGAAUGCGAGAAACAAUCUGUCCUCAGUUGUUGUAGCCUGAGUAGGUUGAGUUUUUGAUUCUGAUGAACUGUAGUACUGGAGUUUGGCACACAUUCUGAGAAAUUGUGAUAUUGCUUCUAUUUCAUUGGAAAGUUUCUACAUGAUGCGUUGCGUAGUGAUUCAUUGUAAGGGUGACCACAGACUGAGUGACAUUUUAAACUUCUUUAAUUUGGGGCCAGUUGCAGACCCUGGUAGCUUGUCUGCAUGAAUAAACUGGUCUGAGAAUAAACCAAAAGAUACAUUGUGCUUUCCAGAGGUUGAUGCUUUUAUUCAGGGAUAUUUUUAUUGUCUUCAUUGUUUUUGUUUUUGCAUAUUAAUUUAAUCUUUGUUCCCAUCAUUAUCAUCUCCCCAGUGGUUGGUCCUCUCGCAUUUUUGAAACCAACACAAGCACUGAUAUCAAUAGCAAAGUGGACCUGAGCACGAAGGGUAACGCUCGUCUGGAUUGUCAUUGCCUGUCUCGGAAAACCUCCACUUGCUUGGGAUGCACGAGAAGGAUUAAGCUUGGCUUGGCUAAGCAAGGCCGCCAGGAAGUAAACUGACAGUGGAGGCGUUUACGUUUUCACAGAGAUUCGUGGAAUCUGAUUGGUCUGAACACCCUUACAAAUUGAGUGCACUGACUAAACAAGGGUUUAGGUUAUUGCGAACAUGAGAACAUGUUGUAGGUAUCUGUGAUAUUGCUGACAGGAUUGCACUAUAAUAUUGACCCAGUGCUAUUAGGAUUUGUACUGUGGAGGAGGACUAUCUACUUCCUAGGUGAUUACUGUGCAUUUACUCAUGGUUUCAAAGUGGAAAAAAUAAAACAGCCCCAAACCUGUGAAAUAAAGUUAAAUGUUUAAUCAG